GUUGCGUUUUAAAAACGUUUCGUUUGUGUGGAGCUCGGCUUCCCGCGCUGCUGGUCUGAUCGGGUCUGCAUCAUGGGUUCUUCUCUUGAUAAACUGCCUGGUCGCUCGUCAGUUUGCCCGUUGUGUCACUGUGAGAGCUGGGAUUCGAUCACACUGGAAUGCGGGCACGGGUUUUGUCGGAGCUGUGUGCAGGAGCUGUGGAGCGGCGCCUCUGCGGGCCCCUACUACUGCCUGGAGUGCAACCAUGAAAUCCGGAAGCUGCCGGACUUCAGAGAGACCAACGGAGCUUCAACAUCUGCAGGCGCGCGCACAAUCCAGGGUCUUGGAAAGCGUCUUUCUGAGCAGUACUCCCCAAAAAAUUUGCUUGGGAAAAGGAAGUUUAGCUCAUCGUCUUUUAAACAGAGCAGCAGAGGAUACAGACCAGGCACUGGUUCAUCUGAGAACCACACAGUCACCAUCAAUGACUCGUCUGCUAAUGAGCCACCGGUAAAAAAGAGAGCAGCCACAGAAACGCCUUCGUCAGACAGACAAAGAACGUCUCAUGACACCCAAGCAUCCACGGCUUCAACCAGUAAAUCAUGUCCAGAGGAUGGUCAGAGAGACCGAAAGUCUGGUGAAGCAUCCUGUAGUGGAAUCCAGACGCCAAAACAAAACCCACCAAUGCCAGCAAGCACCAAGUCCACGGAGUUCCCACCAAAAUUCACGGGCUCAUCCAACAGCAAUGGGGAACAGAAACAAAGUCAAAAUAAGAAGGCUCCGGAAUCUUCCUGCACCUCCAAUGAAUCCAGUGAAAAGUCUUCACCUGGCAGCUCCGUAAUCUGCCACUACUGCUCCAGUCGUGAGUGCAGGAUGGCUGUGAAGACCUGCCUGGUGUGCGGUGCCUCAAUGUGCUCGGAGCACCUGCGGGUUCACCUGGAGUCACCAGUGUUCCAGAGCCAUCCUCUUGUGCCUGCUAUGUGUGAUGUGUCUCAGUGGAGGUGCCAAGAGCACCAAGAGAUGAACCGCAUCUACUGCCGACCUUGUGGCCUGUGUGUGUGCACUGUUUGCACUGUAAUUGGCUCGCACAAGGAUCAUGCCUGCAUCAGCAUCAAAGAGGCAGAGAAGGAGCUCCGAGCUUCUCUAAAAAGUGAAAUGAAAAAGAUCCAGACAAAGGAAGCCGGCAUCUUAAACCAAGUGACGAAGCUCACAGAGAAGAAACGCAGUGUUCAGGAGUCGCUGGAAGGUGUGCGUGCCGCAGUAACGCAGCAAUAUGAGGCCAUGCGAGAGGCUCUGAAGAUCGAGGAACAGCAGGCUCUGCACUGCGUGGCCCAGGAAGAGAACAGGGUGCUGAAGAGCAUCCAGGCGCAACUCGAUAUGCUCAAUCCAGCCCUUACAACCGUUCAGCGCACUUUCCAUCCACUGACUAACUUGGUAGAUGCCCAGGGGCCGUCACGGGUUCAGGACCAGGCCUUCAUUAUGGAGUACAGAAAAAUAACUGAGUCUUUGAACGGCUUGCCCAACCCUGUGGAGAAUCUGGAGCUGGUGGAGGAAGUGAACCGGGGCAGACUGGACUGCUUGCAGGACUGGACAGAAAAGAGACUGGAUAUUGUUGUCAUCUCUAUGCCUCACAGAGACCCGUUUAGACUGCUGUAUGGUUCAAGUCCAACCCUGAACCCUGACACGGCUCACUCGAGGCUGCUGCUCUCUGCCGAGGACAGGCGAGUGGAGUACACCGAGGCACAGCAGGACUACCCGGAUCUGGAGGCUCGCUUCAGCAUCUUCCCCCAGGUGCUGGGUAUGACGGCGCUGUCCCAGGGCCGCCACUAUUGGGAGGUGAAGGUACCCGUAGACGAGGGCCGCUGGAAGGUGGGUGUUUGUGACGAGAACAUAGGCAGGAAGGGCCAGAAGGAUUCCUCCCGUCUUGGCUUCUACCCAAACUCCUGGUGCCUGGUUUAUGAGAAAGGCAAAGUGGAAGCACUGCACGAUAAGGCAGCCUCGCCCGUGUGUGCCCCUGGACUGCAGAAGGUUGGGGUACUUGUGGAUUUUGAGGAGGGUAGCUUGUCAUUCUUCAGUGUGGGUGACGAGGGUGCUCUUACUUUACUGUACAGCUUCCAGCAUGAGUUCUGUGAGCCACUCUACCCUGCUCUGGCUGUGUCCAAAACACGCCUCACCAUCUGUGACCUGUUUGCUCAAUCCACUACGGACUGAAAAUGAGCAAAGUGUCAAGAUGUGGAAUUUUUAAAGAUCAUUUUAAGAUUGUAUUAAACAAUAAAUGUUAUCCAUGAAAAUCUUUUUAGCAAUAACACAACUAUUUUUUUUAAACAAUGUAAGCUUUUGUUUUUAAAUCAGUGAGUUAUGUAAGACUUUGUAUCAAUGACAAAACUACUGCCAGACAGUAAAUAAUAAAACUGGAUGAUUAUUAUUA